CUCGCAUGGAUAAACAACGACAUUUGAAGGAUUUUCCCUUAAAAAGCAGCUCAUUCAUGGAGCCGAAGGAGUGAAGGAUCAUGAGUACAGGUAUGAAGAAGCCGCCGGUCGCCCCCAAACCCAGACUGUUGGCAUCUCAGAAGCCAGCCCCUCCUCCAAUCGCACCUAAACCUGAGAUCCUUCUUCCCUCUCCAUCUCCGUCUGCGCCAAAACGGGGGAAACCUGCUCUAGCCCCUAAACCAUGCCUGGACAAAAUCAGCCCCAAAGCUGUCCAGUCAUCCCUCUCUAUCGGCACCGGCAAAUCUGAGGGCGUCCCCGCGUCCAAAAACGGGGGCCUCUCGCAUUACAUCAUACCACCCAAGUCACACCAUAUGGGCAACUGCAAAACGAGGGGAUCUGAGGAGACGAUCGAAACAACCGAAUAUGAUGUAGAAAAAAAGCGAGGCAGUCCAGUAGAAGAGCCCGGCUGCAACAGCACAAAGGACCGAGUGACUUUACUCAGACAAGAUGUGCAAAACCACAUUCCCGCACACUCCCCAAACACUCUUCCAGAUGCAAAGGAUGAUGCACAUGCAGCUGUGCUCGUCAAGGAUCACAUACACACACAACCAGAGUUACACACUGCAACAGAUGAAACUUUCCUGAAACGAGAACGACUUCCCGAGCAGACUUCACACACACACUGUUUAACCACUGAUGACACACAUACCAAUGUUUCUGUGCCUUCACCCCCCAGUAAGCCACUUCCUGUGCCUCAGCCUCGGCGUCCACGAAGAAAUGUGCUUCUCCGGCAGAAGGUGGUGGUGGAGUAUCCAGCCGAAACAGAGACGCACCCCCCCGCGACCCUUCAGACACAGGUGACACACUCAGAAGACCGACAUUCUUCACCGGAAGUUCCAGAGGACGCUUUAUCAUCCAGCAGUUCUCUUGCAAACACUUCUCCAGACUCACAUACAGGCUCCGCCCACAUUACAGACUCCACCCACAACAGAGACUCUACCUGUAAUACACACAACGGUGGUAGUGUGACCCACCCAGAGACCGCCUGCUAUUCCGAACCAGCCACUAGUGAAACAUCUGUUUCCAUAGAGGAGGAGGAGCAACAGCCACCAGCCCCGCCCCCUCGACAAAAGUCCCUCCUACAAAACGACAAUCACGGUUACAAAACCUCAUCUUCCCUGGAUAAUCUGCUUCUUACGGAGCAUGCAGACUCUGAGAGAUUUGAUGAGAAGCUUGACAAGGAAGAGGAGGAGGAGGACGACGAAGAUGAAGACGGCGCAUACGGCGAUUUUGCUCGUUGUCCAUUCACCAGGAGUUUACCCAAACAAAUUCGACUCAACCGCAGCCCUCGGGUGGCACCUGUAACCAAGACGUCUUCAGCCGAGGAGAGCUCGCCAAAGAUCGUUCCCAAGAAGCCGCAGAGACACAGUCUACCUGCAUCUGCACUGUUGAGGAAGCAAAACACGUCACCGCAAACACCCGUUCCAGCCCCGGCCCCUGUUUUUGGAGCCCUUCCCGCCCCUCCCAACGAGAAACCCUCCUCAUGGCGCAUCACUUUCUCAGGAAUCCCUCUUUUUGGUAAGCAGCUAUCUCAAAGUGCUAACCAAUCGCAAACCAGCGAUGGAAAGAGGCUGGGGUCAGUGCUGGUCAAGCAGAGAGCGAGGUCGUUCUCCUCGGCUGAUCUCCUUCGUGUGGACUCGGGUGUUGGUGUACAGAAACACCGCAGCCUGAAGAAACUUCUCGAAGUGCGCGUCAAGCUGUUUCCGAAGCUGAUGCGCGGUGGGACGUCUCUGGACUCCACUAGCACGGAUACAGAGUGUGACGCACACAUUGAGGUCACACCCACCGGUGAGGAGGUCGCUCAGCAUGAUGGAGAAGGUGAUUGUGGAGUAGAAUAUGAAAAUGUUCCCCUCUAUGAGGAGAUUCCUGAGUACAUGAACCUGCCCUGGGUCUAUUCCACUCAGAAUACGGAUAGCGGAGUGUAUGAAGCGCAGGAACCGUAUGAAUUGAGCAGGCCUCAUUUGUCCGGUGACCUAUCAGAGGAAGAGGAGGGGCUAAGCUCGAACGAGGAGGACGACAACAGCUCCACGUCCAGCAAGGAUGAAAUGGACCAGUCAAGAGACAAAGAGGAGGUCGAGAAAGCAAAAAGGAAUAAAGUGGUUCACAUUGCCAUGGAGAUCAUGAGCUCCGAGAAAGUAUUUGUGGAUGUUCUGAAGUUGCUGCACAUUGACUUCCGGGAUGCGGUUGCCAAAGCGACCCGUGCCAGUGGGAAGCCUGUGGUGGAGGAGCGGGUGCUGAAUCAGAUCCUGUAUUACCUGCCUCAGCUCUACGAGCUCAACAAGGACCUGCUGAGAGAGCUGGAGGAGAGAGUCGCACACUGGUCGGAUCACCAGAGGCUGGCUGACAUCUUCGUGCAGAAGGGACCGUAUCUGAAGAUGUACUCUACAUACAUCCGAGAGUUCGAUCGCAACGUGGCUCUGUUGGACGAACAGUGCCGCAAGAACCCUUCUUUCGCAACGGUCGUGCGUCAGUUUGAGACGAGUCCUCGUUGUGCCAGUCUGGCUUUAAAGCAUUACCUACUGAAACCGGUGCAGCGGAUUCCACAGUACCGACUCCUGCUGACAGAUUAUUUGAAAAAUCUUCCUGAAGACUCGUCUGACUACAAGGACACACAAACUGCCCUUGGGGUGGUGAAGGAAGUUGCGAAUCACGCCAAUGACAUCAUGAAACAAGGGGACAAUUUCCAGAAGUUAAUGCAGGUUCAGUGCAGUUUGAACGGCCAUCAUGAAAUUGUGCAGCCUGGAAGGGUAUUUCUUAAGGAGGGCACGCUGAUGAAACUAUCCAGGAAAGUAAUGCAACCCAGAAUGUUCUUCCUGUUUAAUGACAUCCUGCUGUACACCACUCCUGUACAAUCUGGCCAGUAUAAAGUAAACAGCAUGCUGUCUCUGGCUGGUAUGAAGGUAAGCAAGCCCAGUCAGGAGGCUUAUCAAAACGAACUGAACAUUGAGAGUGUGGAACGGUCUUUCAUCCUGUCCGCUAGCUCAGCCACGGAGAGAGACGAGUGGCUAGAAGCCAUCGCCACGGCAAUAGACGACUACACAAGGAAGAAGAUCUCAUUUAUCUCCAGCCGUAGCCAAGAGUCUGAGGAAGUACCCACUGAUGGUUCUCCACUGGGUUCUAAAGCUCCUAUCUGGAUCCCAGACCUCCGCACCACCAUGUGUAUGAUCUGUACCUGCGAGUUCACCCUCACCUGGAGACGCCACCACUGCCGGGCCUGCGGCAAGGUUGUGUGCCAGGCGUGUUCGUCGAAUAAAUAUUAUCUGGAGUACCUGAAGAAUCAGCUGGCGCGAGUGUGUGAUCAGUGUUAUGUCAAACUACAGCAGAAAGAUAAAGGCGAGCAGUCCGAGGUGGCCGUUUCACCCAGCGGCCGCAGCUCAGCGUUCUCCUUCUCUAGGAAACAAAAGAAGAUUCCCGCGGCUCUGAAAGAGGUUUCUGCUAACACUGAGAAUUCCUCUAUGAGCGGUUAUCUCCAGCGAUCCAAAGGCUACAAGAAACCGUGGAAGCGGCUGUGGUUCGUCAUCAAGAACAAAGUCCUUUACACAUACGCUGCUAGCGAGGAUGUUGCGGCGCUGGAGAGUCAGCCGCUGCUGGGCUUUUUCCUGAGGGAAGAGAAGUCCGGACCGGCAGAGAAGCUGCAGUUUAAACUCUAUCACAAGAACAUACUGUAUUAUAUCUUCAGAGCGGACGAUAUCCCUACAGCUCAGAGGUGGAUCGAGGCGUUUCAGGAGGCCAUGAUUCUUUGACUAACGUGGAUCCGAAUAGUUUAUUAGAACUCUUUGGAUUUUUAUUUUUUUUCCUAGCCCGCAGCAGUAAACUAAGGAACACUGCCUGAGCUCAGAAGACAUCUAUUAAAAUAUUAAAACAAGUAUGGAACCAAGGAUGUGUAAUAAGCAACCUAGCAAAGGGGCGUGACUUCCAGCUGUUCCCCUUUGAUCCUUUUCUCAACAGCACAAUCAAACGGCGGUGUGAGAUCUCCGAGGUUGUGCACUAGUGACUGGAAAUAGCAGGAUUGUCCGAAAGCACAGACCAGUAACCUCUUGUUAGUCAGCGUGAGCUGGAUUCUGCCUCACAUUCAAAUAAUUUUGGGCGUGUGUGUGUGUGUGUGCAUGCCAGAGGAGUCAAAAUGAUAUAUGUAGGUCACCUAAAAUGUCACUGGACAUAUCAAGAACGUCCAAGUUCUGGGAAUGUGAGGAAGGCUGUAAGUAUGAAGCGUGUGUGAGGAAUUAUUAUUAUUAUUAUUUUCAAAAAAAGUCACGUUUGAUCAUGAGUCAAAUGCGGACGUGCACAAGCAAGUGUGAAUAUCCAGCGUCCAAGAGCAAAAAUGUUUGUCUGCAAUGGUGCAUCAUGGGAGAUGUAGGAUACCACUGUAAGAGCCAGUAGUCUGUGUUGUUUUUUUUGUUUUUUUUAGAAGCCUUAAACAGAAAGUUUUUUUUAAAUAUGUUUAGCCUUUUUAAACAACUUUUUAUCUAUUUGUUUUAUAUAGGGCUGACAGUAAAAAAAAAAAAAAAUGAAACUAUGAUACUGGGAAUAACUGGAUGUACGUGUAAAUAUACUGUAUAUGGUAAUAUAAUGCUGGUUUACUGCAGGUCUAUUUAUAACAAUUCAAGAUUGUUAGUUUCCUCGAAUGAAUUUAAUGGUUUUGUAAUUUAACAGCGUGUCAGGUUUUUAGCGAGCUGAGAACUGUGUAAUAUCACUGCGUGAUACCGAGCAUAGUCUUCUAACACACUCGGAGAAAACAUUCUGUCAUUAUAAUGAACUCGUGUUAGUGAUGUAAUUCUUACUGUUCUACUCUAUUACCCAAUUAGGCUGGAAAAGUGUUACGUGAAUAAAAUCAGGAUGAUUUUUGUGAUCUGAUGUCUUACGAUCUUGCGUUGAUUCUGGUGGUAUGACGUUAGAGCGGAAAGGUGUUUUAAUUUGAGAGGACAAAAUGCACUGCACACUGAAAUUUUUUAUUUUAUUUUUUUUUUUUAGGAUUAAAUCUGCUGUUUUAGUCCCUCAUCCCUAAGCUAGCUGGUCAUGGUUGCUUUUUCUUUUCUUCCCCCCACAGAAUUGACUUUUAAUUAUGUUGUAACACCCAAGCAACCGUUUGAAAACACACAUUGAGCUCAGUAUGUUAAAUAUGGAUGUAAAUUAUGAGAGGUAAUAAAUCAUUUUAAAGAGCAA